AUGCUGCUGGAAAUAUUAUGGGUAAUCAUGGCGUUGUCCGGAACUUUAGCGCUAGUCCUACUGAACGCGGAUCCCGCGGGACGUGAAAGCAUUGGCGGAAUUUCCGCGAAGCUGAGGCCUAGUGCACUCAGUUCGCGAUGGUCGAGACUGCAGUUGUUUAAGGAUGAAGAAGAAGCGGCGAAAAAUCUGAAAACAGUGACCGUCUCCAAAGACACAAUUUACGCCAUGAUGCAGAGGGGCGUAUACGUCCUGAAUGCUGAGGAUGUCAAAACGGACGACGAAGGCAACGCGAUUGACGACAACGAGGAUGACCGGUGGGCUCGAGUGCUUAUGGAACGCAUGUGUGACGAAUUGGACUUACAUCAUCCGAAUGUAAUAUCAUUGAUCCGGCUCGUCAACGAUUAUUGCGAUUCAUUGGAAAAGACGAUGAAUCAAUUCGAAGUCAGUGCAAAUUAUUGUUAA